CCACAUAUACAAGAUCUUUCCCGGAUAUUUUGGUUUCUGUCAAGCUCACUGUAUGAGUCACUUUUCGUAUUGAUUCGGAUGAAAUGGGACUAUCUUUUUAUUGAUCGCUUAUCAAGAUCUUUGACAGUGACAGCUCCAUGCAUGUAGCUCAUGAGCUUUUUGUACUGCUCACUCUGUGGUAUAGACAUGGAGUCAGGAGGGCCAGCUGGUAUGGUUUGACACAGGGGUAGGGUACCCUGUACCGGGAGAGGUGGUUGAUUUCUCCCGCUACCACAAUUACAUCAGUAUCAAAACUGACCUGGAAGAUAGCUUUGAGAUCUACCGUCUUGACAACAUGACGAACAUCAAGCAAAGGGAGAGUUUGGGCAAGGAUGGCAUUGAGGAUAUGGUCAACCUCAGUGACCUGAAUGAAGCAUCAUUACUAUGGAAUCUCAGAACAAGAUAUGAAAAGGAAAACAUCUAUACAUACACGGGCAGUAUAUUGGUGGCUGUCAACCCAUACACAUUCUUCAAGAUCUAUGGGUUGGAUAUGGUCAAGAAAUAUGAAGGAUCAAUCCUCGGGAACCUACCUCCGCAUUUGUUUGCAAUUGGAAAUGAGAGCUUCACUCAGAUGCAGAGGAAUGGAGAGAAUCAGGUGGUGGUCAUCAGUGGAGAAAGUGGUGCUGGUAAAACUGAGAGUACGAAACUGCUACUGCGGUACUUGGCUGCUGUGAACAAGACCAACAACAACAUCAUCACCGAACAGAUCUUGGAGGCGAGCCCACUCCUCGAAUCAUUUGGGAAUGCCAAAACGAUACGAAACGAUAACUCCAGUAGGUUUGGAAAAUAUGUGGAAGUUCAUUUCAAUAAGGGUGCAAUAUCUGGUGCCAAAAUUUCAGAAUACCUGCUGGAAAAGUCAAGAGUGGUGACACAUGCUCAAGACGAGCGUACAUAUCACGUGUUCUAUGAAAUGCUCGCAGGGAUGGAUCCGGAGCAAAAGAAGAAAUAUGGGCUGCAGGCAGCUAGUAACUACUAUUACAUGAACCGAGGCGGCAAUUCACAGAUCGGGUCCAAGAUGGAUACAGAGGACUUCCAUGCGUUGGUGUCAUCGAUGGAGAUACUCAGUUUCACGCGGGGCGAGCAGGACACGAUAUUCAAGAUUCUGGCUGCAGUUCUCCACAUGGGUAAUGUCUUCUUCGUGAAGAAAAAGCCCCCUGAUGAUCAUUAUGUCGACAUUGGAAAUGAUGCUGAAAUCAAGUGGGUGUCGCACUUGCUCGAGUUAGAUGAGCAUUGGCUUCAUAGGGCAGUCACAAUGAAAGUCACGGAAGCCCGGCAAGAGCGUGUUCUCUCGCCCUUCACAUUAGACCAAGCCAUGGAUGCAAGGGAUGCAAUAUCAAAAAGUUUAUACUCUCAGCUGUUCUCAUGGCUUGUGUCUCGCAUCAAUACCAUCGUAUGUAAAGGCGAGAAGGUCAACUCCAUUGCCAUUCUGGAUAUAUUUGGAUUUGAGGACUUCAAAGUGAACGGCUUCGAGCAGUUGUGCAUCAACUAUGCUAACGAGACGUUGCAGUUCUACUUCAACAAGCACAUCUUCAAGCUUGAGCAGCAGGAGUACAGCAAAGAGAAGAUUGCCUGGUCGUUCAUCUCGUAUUCGGAUAAUCAGCCUGUGAUUGACCUUAUCUCGAGGAAGCCCAUCGGCAUCAUCCAUCUCUUGGACGAUGAGAGCAACUUCCCUCAGGGUACAGACUUCACGUUCCUGGAUAAGUGUCACUACAACCAUGCCAACAGCCCACUCUACGGUAAACCAAGGAUGUCAGCUCCUACGUUCAUGAUACGACAUUACGCUGGCAAGCUGACCUACACCGUCUCAGACUUCCUGGAGAAGAAUAAGGAUACAUUGAGAGCAGAUGUACUGGACCUUCUGUCACAGAGCAAGAAUACUAUGAUCUCGUCGAUGUUUGAAGAAAUGAGGGACAAAGCCCUAAGGAAGACUGUCAACAAGAGGACAGGCACAUUCGUGAUGGUUAAACCGAGGGCAUUGACUGUAGUGUCACACUUCCAGGAGUCCUUGUCCAGCCUCAUUGAACAGAUGUCCAAGUGCAACCCAUACUUUGUGCGGUGUAUCAAACCAAACAACCAGAAAGCCCCGAUGUUGUUUGAGAUGAAGGUAGUCCUGGAGCAGCUGCGGUACACAGGCAUGUUGGAGACAAUCAAGAUUCGUAAGAUGGGUUUCCCAAUACGACUGAGGUUUAGUACAUUCAUUGAGAGAUUCCACUACUUAUUGCGCAAGUACAAGGCCAAGGGCCUUUCAGACAAGAGCUACUGUGACCUUAUCUUGUCCAAGAUUGGCGGAAGGUUGACUGAACAGUACCAAAUCGGCUUGACGAAGGUCUUCAUGAAAGAGUCAUUCAACCAAUGGCUUGAACUGCAAGCCCGCCAGGUGAUGAACAGGGCCGCUGUGAUGAUACAGAAGUCGCUUAAAGGUCACCUUGUGCGUCAGCAGUUUCUCCGCAAGAGACGGGCCGUUAUUGUCAUUCAGAAGAACUUUAUGGCUUAUCGGCAGAGGCUGAGGUACAUCAAGGCGAGGAGGGCUGUCACUGCAGUCAAGGCCUUGUUUAGGAUGAGAAGGCAGAGGGCAAAAUACAUUCAUAUGCGGGAUGAUAUGCGAAGACGCCGAACAGAGGAGCAGAGGCAUCGAGAUCUGAUCACAAAACAGGCUCAGGAGCGGGCAUCAAGAGUCAUGCCUGGAGUUGCUCACUUGGAGAUAACAGCAGAGCUUGCGAUGCUGUACAGUAAACUUGAAGAAUGGCAGCCACUCUACAAUGAUCGUAACAUUGUCAACGUUGUCGGACAUGUCCAGAUGAGAAAUGAUGACUACAUCCUACCAGAUGACAUCAAUGCACAUUCUCUGUCCAAAUUCCGAAACGUUUUCCUCAAAGCGCCGCAGGAUUGGGGUAUGAAGAGCGAACCGAUUAAGCGCCCCCUGACCAUCCCCAUGGAGAGGGAGGAGGAUACUGUGGAGGCCGUCACAAUAUUCAAACUGAUAUUACGUUUCAUGAAUGAUCCCAACCUUGCUGGCAAGCGAGAAGCCCUGCUUGGGGAUUACAUCGUUCAGAAGGGGCUCACAAAUGUAAAGCUGCGAGAUGAGAUUUUCUGCCAACUGAUGAACCAGACGUGGCACAAUCCAAGUGAAUCCAACUUAGAGCGAGGCUGGCUCCUCAUCUCUAACUGCCUUAGUUGUUUCCAACCCAGCCCAAGACUUCACAGAUACUUGCUCAAGUAUGCCUCAGAUUGUGCGUUCAAUGGGUACAAGUCACUGUGUCAGCACAAGCUACUCCAGUCGAUGGGCAUUGAGCCUCUCCUUUCUCGCACGUAUCCACCAAGUAUGCUGGAAUGGAGGGCAAACAAGCGCCGGGCACAUAUGGCUGUCGAAGUCAAAUUUGCAGAUGGCUCACAAACCAGCAGUGCUGUUGACUCGUGGACAACUGGUGAAGAAUUCACGUCGAACAUCCUUUCACAGCAUAAGAAUAUGUCAGAGGGAACCAAUGGUUGGACAGUGGCGUUAAUCGAGGAGAAUAAUGUAUAUGAGCUUGGUGGUCACGACUACGUGCUUGACCUUAUGAGUGAAAUGGAGAUUAUGACCCACUUCCCGGCUGGACAAUGCUACCUACUUGUCUCCAGAGGGGGAGGCAGGGAUAGGUCGCAAGGAAAGAUGGCAGUCUAUGCAAACACGCCGCACAAUCCCGAAUUAGCAAGAGUGUUCAAGUACAAAGACGAGAGAUUGAUGUCUCCGCCCCGCCAAAAACCCAACAGACGUUCUGAAGACAACCAAAGAUCACACGUGCAGAAAUCACAGCACUCGAACGCAGUCUAUGUACCACGGAGACGGACAGGGAGCUUGGAAAAUGAAGGACUGGUGCUCUCCCAAAUGAGCCGGCUCAAUCAGAGACCCAAAUCUGUGAUGAAUACGAAGCGAGACGUUGGUCUUGCUGAUUCAAAGUUAAAUGCUCGAUACAGUAAACGUACGGUACCUUCGUCCGAGUCUCCUACACGGCCAGAGAGACCUCAGAGUCUCCUAGUUAACGGCGACAUUGGUCUGUCCAAAUCGCAACUAAAUAAACGGUACGGUAGUCAUGGAGACUUGUCCAAUUCGAAACUGAACCAACGUUACCAGAAUGGUCCUAAGUCGCCGACGUCACCAUCAUCACCAACGCCAAAAACAAAUGGAAUACCGAAUGGGAAUGUGCCGCACAUGAAGCCAAAGUUCGAAAGGUACAACUCUGGAUUAUACAAUCGGCCGACUGAUAACACAGCUAAGGAUAAGAUCCUGCGCAAAUUCACAAAAGAGAGACGGAGACGUGAUUCGGAUUCAUCCAUUCGGUCGACGGCAUCAGAACUGAGUAAAUUUGUGGACGAUGUUUUCGACAAUGUUCUCAAUGAUGACUUUGACGAGUUGACAGAUCAUUCGUCCAUGGUGCCUGUCAUUAAGGGCAAGGGUGACAGGGUGCCGUCUGUGAGUUCAGAAAGUGAGCUGUCGAAAUUUGUAGAUGGUGUAUUCAAAGACAUUCUAGUGGAUGAAAAUGUGGAUACCUUAACGUCAACAUCUAAACUGGUGCCUAGCAUUCAGGGUGGUGGCGAUGGUCCUAUGCAGAAUGCUCAAAAUUCUACUGGGGUGACUGGUUUUGGUGCCUUGGGGUAUAAUCCAUCCUUCCCCGUCGCUCCAAACCUUACUGGGCUUCCUUAUGUUACGCCGAUGAUGCCUUCAACCAGUAUCGAUCCUCUGGCAUUACAACAGCUGAUAGCCCAACAGCAAGCCCAGCAGUUUGCUGCUCAACAGCAGGCUCAGCAACUGGCUGCUCAACAACUUGCUGCCCAACAGCAAGCUCAACAAGCUCUAUAUACACAAGCGAGCCGCCAACAGCAGCAACAACAGGAACAAGCCAGUUUGCAGCAGACAAUGCAGGCUGUUCAACAGCAGGCGCUCCAAAAUAGGCUAUUGCAGGAGACGCUGCAAACAGAAAUGCUGAAAGCCCAACUGCAACAGCUUCAAACUGGGAAACAAGUUCGUGGCAUUGUCCCUGAGCCUUUACCUACCACGUCUACGCCUGUGAGGAGUUUCUCCCAACAGCAGACCUCCCCGACUAGGAAGUAUGGCUCGGACAGGCCACCGCCCAUUCCUCUUCCAAAAGAACCGGAUCAAAAACCAGCCUUGAGCAGCCUGAAGAAGAAACAAGUCAAUUUAUCAUCGCGAGUUUCAUUCGUGGAGGAGGUGACUACGAUACCACGAAAUGAGGAGGCAGGCCUGUCUCCUGAUCCAGCAAGUGCACCCACUUCACCACAGUUUAACAGUGUGGAGCUGUCGCCGAUCAGUAACGGUCAUGUUGAGAAUGGCGUUGUUCAUGCUGAUGACAUGUCACUGGAUCUCGGCGAUGAUCAUAUUUCAGUCAAGCACGUAGCACCUAGUAGCGCUGAAUCUGAAGAUAGAUCUGAUUUCAAAGUUUCGUAUGCAUCUACUAUGGAUGGACGAGAUAACACGGUGCGAGUUGGCAAAAUCCAGUGGCCACCACCGCUCCGGAUGGAGGCAAGGGAAGAGCCUGUAGUCGGGAAACUGAUGAUUAAUGAGGCUCAUAAAAAGCCGUUGGGGGUGGCAGUGAAAUCUCGGCCGCAGCUUCACGAUAUGCUGUUAAACCAAAUCAAGGACUUGAAAGGAAAUAAGGAGGUCAAGAGACCGGUGAUGAAAGAAGAGGAUUCAAUUGAUGGGGUCAAGUCACCCAAAGUUGUACGUGCGAGCUCACCUGAGAAAAAAGUUGACGUCGGCACGAAGAUUGACAUGUCAAAACGGAAAGCAAUACUGGCAAAGCAGCUUUCUUCGAUCAGUUUACCCGGUCAACCUGCGGUAUCAGAACCGAAGAAAUUAACCCCACUACCAAUGUCGCCACCGCAGAAAAAGCAUGCUUUCUCAGCGCCACCAGCCCUCCCACCUCCUGCUCCAGCUCCGUUACCUGGCAAGCUCAAGAUCAGCGCCAUCAAAAAAGAGCUUGAUGAGGUUGAUGCACCGUAUCCAAAGUUAGCCAGCCCAUUGUCACCGACACCCCCUGGUCCCCACUUUGAGAGUCUGGAAGUUAUUGAAAGAAUCAAAACUGAGCUCCAUGCGCCCAAUGCUGCCCCUUACUUCAUGUACACAAGAGUACCAUGGCAGCUGUAUAUUCGAAAAGAGUUUUUCUCUCCUGCUGAGAGGCUUGACAACCCUGUUGCCUUGACUCUUGUCUUCUGCCAAAUUGUCCAAGAUAUCUUUGUUCAUCCUUGUGUUCGGAUCAGCAAGGAUGAGAGAGUACGGAUGAAAAGCUUACUCGAGAGUCAUGGUGUGACACCCCUCAAUUACACGUCCUCCGUGCACAAGAAUCAAGUGAAGAAGAUGGUCAUAGAACUUGCCAGGGAUUGGCCAAACUAUUUCUCUCGAUUUUACCCACUUGACGGCGGUAACCAGGUACCUGAAGCACAGAUGCUGGGUAUCAGUCACACUGGAGUGAGAUUUGUGACUCGGCAGAAGGAUUACAUCGAUGAGAACAUCCAAGUCCUCGAACACAUCAGAUUUGAAGAAAUUAUGGAUGUUGCUGUGCCAAGGGCAAGCACACUUAUUCUUCAGUCGAAGUGGAAGUCAUAUACAUUAUAUUCACAUAGGGCUAACCAAAUCAAACGUAUGGUGGAUGCAUUCUGUAUUGACAUGGAAAAGGGAACCGUGUAUGUUCGAGCAAUAAAGGAUUACGUUACACGAGAAUCAACUCUGCUGAGCUUCAAGAGGGGUGACAUCAUCAAAGUGACCAACAAGGAUAUGCAUUUAGAUAGAGGUUGGCUGUUUGGUUCUCACAAUGGCCGUGCGGGCAUGUUCCCCACUGAAUAUGUCGUGAAUAUGGCCCGCCAUGAAGUGUCAAGGUCAAACAGCUUCUUGAGCAAGGCCAUUUCUACUCCAAAUAUACCAACACAGGUGCUUACAAAAGCAAGAUCGUUAGAUGGCAGCGUACGCGACGACAUGAGUAUUCGCAGCAACACCAGCAGUAUUCCUCCAGACGGUAAAUACUCCAUGAUGGAGUUUGCCAUCCUCCACUUCAGGGAGUCACUCAGCAAGUACGAGAUGUUGAGGAAGGAAGACGGGUCCAUACGGGGCACGUUUAAACUGCUGGAGAGGAUUAAGAUCAGUAGUUUGAACAAGAAGAAGGGCAAGAAGGCUCAGAAUUGGACUUGGAAAGAACAGGCUGAGAUGGUCAAGUGGAGCAAGUCACCAAUCCAAGCAUCUUUGCUCAAGUGGCAGUCGUCUGCUAUGAAUAAACUAGCGCUGGAGUCAUUCAUCGCCAUUAUGAAGUAUAUGGGAGACUACCCUGUGGCUAAAAACCAGAAGGAAAUUGACUGUAUCUACGUCAUAUUGAUGGCCUGCCACAACAACCCUCCACUUCGCGACGAAGUCUACUGCCAGUUAUGUAAGCAAAGCACCAGUAACAAGAGCACCAAAGCAGACAGCUCAGUCAAGGGAUGGCGUCUGUUCACGAUUGUUGCGGCCUACUUUGACACCAGCGAGAUCCUCCGACCUUACAUCCUCAAGUUCCUUCAGCAAGCAGCUUUUGACACCAACAGGGUCAAUCAUGCGAUUGCUUCAGUUGCAUUACAAAACUUUAGGAAGACACUGAAAUAUGGUGGUAGGAAAAAUGUGCCAAGUUGGACAGAACUUGAGGCUCUUUCGAAAGGGCGGUUGACCAAGCGGCAGAUGUUCCUCCUCCCUGGUGGUCUGCCCCUGAUGUUGAAUCUCAAGUCGUGUUCUGUGGCCGAGGAUGUAAUAGAGGAAAUCUGUAACCACCUCAACAUCACCAACCCCCUCGAGAGGAAUGAGUACACACUCUACUAUGUUGUGGAAAAAGAACAAUUCCACGCACCGCUCAAACCUACAGAAUACAUAUUUGAUGUGACAACUGAGCUGUCAAAUCAAAAGAAGGAUUUCCAUCUACUGUUCCAGAGGACAACGUGGUUCUUUGACAUCAAGUUUGAGUAUGGUGAAAUGUUCAUUGAUGUAAUCUACCAUCAGAGCUUACCCAGCUAUCUCAAUGGAAACUUGAUUGUUUGUAAGGGAUCCUCACUCUCAAAUCAACAAACAAUUGAGAUAGCCAAGCUCGCUGCCUUACAACAUAAGGCCAAGGACAAUGUCAAUAUGCCAACAAUGCGACACAUGAGUGUUAUGACCAGGCAAGAAGUGCAGGAUCUUCUCCCACGGGGCAUAGAUAAAAUCACCGAACUCUCAUCCCAGGCAUGGGUCAACGCUGUUCAUGAGAGACUCAAAGAAAUCAACCAGAUGACGCCAGUGGAAUGCAAGGUUAUGUUCUUGGAAAUGUUGAUAACUUGGCCAUUAUUUGGAUCAAAGUUCUUCAGGAUUAAGAGCAUUGCAGAUCCACGAAUAAAGGGUAGCUGCUUGAUGGCUAUCAAUGUGCGUGGUGUCAUGUUGUUAGAUGAGACGUCUCAUAAUACUUUGGUAUCAUGGCCCUUCAGUGAGAUUAUAAGUACGAGGCGUUACCGUGCCGACAACAAGGUCAAUUACUUGGAUCUCAAAUGUGGAAAUCUACUGCUACAGAAGAUCACGAGGAUUGAAACGGAUCAGGGGGCUGACAUAUCCCGGAUUAUUGGACUGUACAUUCAGGUCUUGAACAAGGACAAGCAAAUAGGAAAUCAGAUCUGGAGUCCAGCUCGAUAAUGAGUGACUUGAAGCUUGAGAGAAAUAUUGUUAUGGGGCUUUUUCAAGUGCAUUCCGCUCAGGACUCAUGAGACAUGGACCGAUGAGGUCACUGUAAACUCCUUUAUUUUUGCAAGCCUAGUAUUUACAAGACUUCAGCAGAAGUACUGUCACAAAAUUUUAUGGCACGAAAAUGUUUAACUUAAUGUUUUAUAAUUGGAAAAUUAGCCUAUUAGCAGAAAUAAAUGGUUGCAAAUCUAAAAAUGAUAAUUUCGCUAACACAUAGGGCGCGAAAAUAAAUGGGUUUACAGUAUGACAUUAUUUGGAAGCUUUUAGGGGAACAUGGUUCCAGGAUUUUAUAGCAGUUGUUGUGAUUAAGGAUGGUGAUGUUGAUCAAGUUAUCCAAGAUAUAUUUACAUCUCAAUAUUCUGAAAAUUGGCCAAGUCUGCAUGGUCAUAUUGAGAAUUAGGGUGUGAUAGUGACAAUUUCUGAUGCAAUGGGUGCAUGAUAUUGUGUCGAUUUCAGAACAUUAUUUCAAUGCACAGACCUUCUUUAGUAUAUCUCAGGGUGAUUAUUAGAGUGUUGCUUUGUACAUUGCACAUUAUUGUUAUUACGCUGUUACUCUUCUUAGAUCUGACCUGGCUUUAAACAGCUGAACACCCGACACUCACAAUGAGAUUGGGGCUUUGUGCUUGGAAUAUGCAUCAUCAAAUAAGUACGUCUUUACCUACCCCUUAGAUGUGUCACCCAAGCAUUAAGUUUUGAGGGACAACUUGGGCUUGCCAUGGGAUUGCACCUUUUUGUGGUGCCUUUGCUGUUUGAGCAGAGUUCAUGAGAAGAUUUAUGGGCAAUACAGACCAUGGGCAGUCACUCUCAGAUACAUGUGUUAAGCAUCCCUGUACCUAGCGUUUUUGGUAGACCCCUUCAUUUACUGGCAUGUUUUUCAUCCCCAACCCUUAUUGCUGGUAUACAUUUGCAAACACAACCCCUUACAUUGUUAUUCAAGUGCUUCCUCCAACUCUCGAUUUCGGGAAUUUUUACAGAAGCUUAGUAUCUGAGUAAAAGAGUUGAAAAUAAAGAGCAGAUGGCAGGUAUCUUUUGAAAUGUGCUUCUAGGUUUAUUGCAGGGCUUGACUGAAAAAUGGGGGUCCAUUGGCCUAGCAUGGGUCAACCUUUGCCAACCAAAAACAAACAAACUGUCACACAUUUUUGGUACAAGGAUGCUCUACACAUUUCAUUGUGGUGACCCCCUCCCCAGAGUAUAUGGGCAUAUUGCAGAAACAAUUGAAGCAAAAUUAUGAAAUACUUUAAUGAAAUCUGGCCAUGAGGGUGGUUUUACAUUGCCAUGUGAACACUACCAUUAUACCAGCAUCCUUUUCCUUGAAUGAGUGGGUACCAUGAUUGUUCAUGAUGAUGUGGGCCCCAGCUUUAAUUGUGUGAAUUGAGGAAAUAUUCUCAGGUGACUUACUCAAAAUAUAUCAGUGAAUGAGGUUUUAUAGGUACAGAAGAACCUCUCUAUUAAUGACACCCUUGGGACUGACAAGUAUGCCAUAUUACAGAGGUGUCCUGAUUAAAGAGGUCAAAUUGGAUGGAAACACCCAAUUUGGGACCAAAACUAGUGUCCUUAAUAGAGAGGGUGUCCUUGAUAGAGAGGUGUCUGUUAAGAGAGGUUCUACUGUACAUGUAUUUCCUGUAGAAUUGCAAUAGCGCUCACAUGUAUUUAGCACAUACUGGGAGAAAAACCAUCCUGUUUUUAAAGUUGUAAUUCUAAGAAACUGAUGCACAUCAAGGGCAAAUAUAUGAAUGUUUCGUGUAAACUACAGCUCAAUGGUUUUGGACUUUGACUUUUCGGAGAAACUUGUAAGAUUUGUCAAAAACGUCUGCAUCAAAAGUGGUGUUUUUAUCCCAGACAUCUAUGAAUUUUGGAUACUUUCUGUUUGAUCAUCUCUUCAAUAAAGAAUUUAAAGGACGGGAUAUAUUUUCCUGACUAACUCCAAUAUAAAGCGUCCUUUUCACUUUUAUAUGAUCAACUGCAAAUGUUGAUCUCUUUGCCUAUGUCAUUGUUUGUUUACUAAAACUGAACCAGGGAGUACCAGGCUCAGUGUUGAUGACUUUAAAUGAACAAAGUUGGUAAGGGAGUAUGUGACGUUUGAGAAGCAGGGAUAAUGUAUUUGGCAGAUUUUCAGUUUCUUCCUCCUCAAAAGGGCUUGCAUGUACUUUGACAGCAGUUUUUGUGUACCUCAGCCUACUGUAGAGUAGACAAAAAAUAAGAAUUUAUAGGCAUCUUUUGCAAGUAAGUGCUGUUUCAAGGACAGCAUUUUUGCAUGAAAAGUGUUUUGCUCUGGGCACUGCUAGAUCCCUGGGAAAGUAUACCAAUGCAGGGGGGUAUUUAUGCCAAAAUAUUAACUAUAUAUCUUUAUAUAAAAGUAAAAAAAUGAGUAAUAACAAUACACAUUGGGAUGUGACUUAAUCAUGAUUAUGUGUGUAUGAAAACUUAUAGGCGUGUAUGUGUAUAUAAUUUGGCUGUUAAUUAUCAAAGUAGAAUUUCUUAACAUGUUAAUACUUGAUUACUACAUUGUUAAUGCUGAUUUGUUUUUAUUGAGGAAGGUGAAAAUAUUCAAAACCCAUGGGGGGGGUCUUCAAAAUAACAUUUCUGGGAAGUGAAGAAGCAUCGCUAUGAUUUUCCCAUCGAAAUUCGAAUUUAAAUGCUGCAUUGAUUUGUCUUAUAUACAUUUCUCCUAAAAUCGCUUUGCACUUUUUUGGGCUCAGCUCAACGUUUUCUAUAGGACUUGAUGAAGUUGGUUGUGUAAAAGGUGUUUUUUCUUCUUUUUCAUGGGUUGAGACUUCUGUCAUCGACCGUUAGCGGAGCAUGCACAUUUCCUGACUGCUGCGGCUUUUACUGAAACUUUCUCUGAUGAUAUCUUGAGACUGUUCACCCUGACAUGUUUUUUGUUGGGGAAUAUAGCCUGAUUUCUUGUUUCAGCUUGUAGGUGCAUUCCUUAUUUCCAACAUUACUGAAUAAAUCAAUCAGCUGAUCUUUGUGUUAUGGGCAUGUUACGAAAAAGUUGAGACUAUCUUGGCAAUAUUGAUCACCUUUUAAAGGCCAUGACUCCAGGUAUUUUGCCAUUUCCUGCUGUAAGACGAUUGCAAAAUUGCACCUAACAAUCUAUACAAUACAGAAAACCCCAUGCAAUUUGCUACAUCCAUUUUGAAGAUUAGCCAUUUAUUUGUUUGACAACUAGAUUACCUAAUCAGGCUAGCAACUGGCUUGUUAGAGCCAGGCGGCGGGUUCACCAAAAGUUGUGAUGUAGAUCAGGCUAUUGCCCUACUUGGGAGGACAAAUAUCAAUUAUAUCAAUUAAUGCUCUUAAAAUUGAUAUAUGAAGUCUGUUUUGUAUUGACAUUUUCAAUGUUCUAGUAUGAAAGCAUACUUUUGCCCAUGAUAAAUGAGUUUAUUGUAUUCCAAAAAGUAAUUAAUCUAAUUUUUUAAUCUUUUUGGAAAAACAGUAAUUUAUUUUAGAAGCCGAAUCUCACAUCUAGAAAGUAUUAUUGGAGAACUAUGAACCAUGCUCUUUCUUAGAGUAAUGUAACAAUUAACCAUGCUCUUUCCUGGAGAACUAGGAUAAUGAAACAUGAUCUUUCUGAGAAAACUUUAUCAAUGAACCAUGAUCUUUCUCAGAAAACUAUUGUAAUGAAACCUGCUCUUUCUUGGGAUACUAUAAGAAUGAACCGUUCUCUUUGUUUGAGAACUAUGAUUAACCAUGCUCAUUCUUGAUGUUGACUUCUCUUUUCUUUUCCUUUUUUGGACGGGUUUGAAUGGGAUAAUGAAAUUUGGUUUGCUGUUUUUGCUGUUGUGAUAUCUACAUAUUUCAAAACAUUCCAUAAGUUGGUCCCUCCUGCGUAAGCAUGGGUUUUUCUUGCCCUCUGGCAAAAAACUUGUGCUCUCGUGUAUAAAUGUUAAUAAUUUUGUAUCUAUAGGCUAACAACAGGCUGUGAUGUCAUAUGUUAAUAAUUUAUAUGAUCUGUUUAUAAAUUAUUCUUGUUAGUCAGUCUAGCUAGUCUCCUCUAAUGACAUCUGCCUAACGGAUAGUUGGAAAUUGAAAAUAGGGAUUUUAAGUUUUGUCUUGCCUCUGAGUCAAGUUUAUAGCCAUAAUUUUAUAUGGAGUAUCUAUUUUCACCAGGGAGAGUCAUGAGAUGAGAUAGGUGUGAUCUGUCACAUAAUAUAAUUCAAUAUAGAUAACAUUUAUCUAACUGCCUCUUGUAUGAACUGUAGAAAAGUAGUUGUUCUCUCUAACUUUCCAUAUCAAGUAAUUUUCCAUUUGACAGAUUUUCAUGCAUUCCAACUGAAUUUGUUUGCUGAUUAAAAUUUAUAAGCCGUCCUGGAUGAGACCAGAUAACUAUGUGAUCAGAUAUAGAGAAGUUACCAACAUCUUACAGAUAGUUUAAUGCAGCACAUUUUCUGAUAAUAUAUUUUAAUAAUUUGUGAUUUCAGUGGGGAGUAGUUCUUACAGAUGUUUUUAAUUUCAUGUUGCAAUGUACACUUCAUAUCCACCUGAAUUCUCAAUGGAUACUUUGAUAAUACAGUAGAACCUCCCUAUUAUGGACAUCCUUGUUACUGACAAAAGCUGCCUUAAUGAAAGUUAGGUGUCCUGAUUAAAUUGGUGAAAUCUACAUACAGUACAUGUAGGGAUGAGAUUAUAUGUGGUAUGUAUGUGUGUGCGUAUGUAUGUAUGUACGUACGUAUCAUAUUUUUGACAGCAAGAUUCUGAAGAUUCUCCCCACGGAAAAUGUUGCUCUAUUUUAGUUCUGCAAAAAAGUAGAUCCAGCCACCAUAAAUAGUAUGUACAUGUAGUUCAUGUUCUCCCAUCUCUGCACUGUGCAAAGUAUUUUGGAAGACAAGGCAAUUCCCAUUCAUCAGUGAUUGUAUUCUAAACAUCAUUCUUUUCACAUUUAUUAGGAAACAUUUGUGUAACAAUAUCUGAAGGGUGCAACUGUUACAAUCAGCGGCAUGUGAGACAGACAUGUCUAUUAUUUUCUUAUUGGGAAAACUUGAAUAAAUGAUUUAUAACAAA